AUGAUUCCAUUCGGUGGAUUCGGUGGAGCCGUCGAAGCGACGGUGGUGGUUUGUGCGAGCGAGACAACUACUGCUACCGUCUUCCAGUGUGCGUGUGUGCCAACGCAACGACCCCCACCUCCUUGUGCACCCCACCCCCCUCCCACUCAUUCCACUAAUUGCUUCCACUACGGAAAACGGAAAACACAAUGCCGGCGCUUUAUCACGCUUAUCAGCAAACAACGUAAGCGCAACGUAAUGACUAAUCGGUAUGUUAACCGCUUUUUUCGAAACUGUCAACCACCUGUAGCUCGGUGAAUUAUUCCCGACUUUUCGACUUUUCUCGCCGACGAUGGCGUAAUUGUUUUGAUAAUGCAAACAAUGAGCGCUUGUCCAUUUUUAGCCGGGCGACAUUGAAGAGAAAUUAAAAGUAAAUAAGGGGGGAAGGUCGCCGAGUAUCGGCGUUUAAUAAUUAAUUUGCUGGCCAAUUUUGGCAAGUCGCGCGCCGCAUGCUUUAUGCUUUGGCCAAAUAUGGCCGGGUUUUCCUUUUAGUUUUUCAAAUUGUUUUGCCUUUUUCAGCAAACUGAGAAUUGAGCAAAAAAAAUAUCACUAAUACCAUUUAGCGGUCUUAUCGGACGCUCUCUUUCUGCCACCCGCACAGCAGCUGGGCGAGGGAAAGGGAGAGCAACAGGUGGCCGGCGAGUACCGUUAGGCAUUCCAGCAAUUGCGUAACUAAUUAAACAAUUGCCCGCAAUUAAGUAAACAUAUUUGCCCAAAUUAAUGGAAUACUUUUAUCGCGGGGAAUGGGAAAGUUUGAGAUUUUCAUAUGAAUAUAUAAAAUCGAUUUUAGGCAAUUUACCUAGUGAAAGGUGAGAGAAAUAAGUGGUGUGAAUAUGAACCAAGUGGGUCAAGAUUUACAACAGCUAAAGCGAAAGAAAACGCGAGGGCCGCCUAAAGACCCUGGGGCCAUCGAAGGGUUAAGGCACAGAUAGAAAAUCGCGAAAAGGCGAAGACGACGACGUAAUCGCUUUGCAAUGCGAAAAGAAGCAGCCACAAAUUGGAGCAAUUGCAGAAGAACUAGAACCUAACCAAACUUUGGAGUCCCCUUUCACGGCAACAACAACAACGAGUUGGCUUCUUCGCUUAAUUUU